CAGUGGUGGGGGAUCGGUGCAUUCAAGCUCUCCGUUGUCUCUUGUCUCUAUGUGAUACCUGUCAGUUGAAUUCAAAGAGAAAACACGUUUUCGAACCCAACCCGCGUGACGUAGUUCACUCUACUGUUGCACAGCCAGAGAGCCAGACAACAGUCAGCAGUGUCGUCUCUACUAAACUCAGUCACAGUUUGUAAAACUGUGGGAUUAUUUUUCCACUUGUGAGGAGUUCUAUUGUUCUGUGUUCCAGCGUCUGCAUUACAUAAACGGACUUGUUGGCCUUCUCACCCCUGUGUGAAGAUGGACCUGAAACAAGUACUAGUGGUGCUGCUGCACGUCUACGCAGCUCUGGCUUUCGACUGUCCCUCGAGCUGCGUGUGCCGCAAGGCUGAGGUGGGCGGAUACGUGGCACAGUGCUCCAGACUCAACGAAAACCAACGAUUCUCCAACUACAUCCAGCAUCUCACCAUCACCGACCUCGACCCUCGAUCCAAGUUCGUCCUCGACAAGGACAUCUUCACCAAGGUCAACCUCGAGGAGCUCAACACCCUCACAAUUGUCAACACCACCCUCAGCGCCAUCAACCCUUCCAUCUUCAACGGCCUCGACAAACUGCGCAAUGUCGACCUGUCCAACAAUGCCAUCUCGUUCAUCCACCCGGACACAUUCAAGAACAACACCAACCUGGAGCUGCUGUCUCUCAGUGGAAACCCUCUGCAGCAUCUUAUCGGCUCAGCAUCCAACACCAAACAAGACUACUUCCUCUAUUCCCCGUCUCUCAGUGAGAUCGACCUCUCAAAUUGUAACAUUCAACACUUACGUCCAGAUCUAUUCAACGAGUUGCCAAGUCUCAUCAACUUGAACCUAGCUUCAAACAACAUCAAAGAUAUCAAACCAAAACUAUUCGAGAAAAUCGAGUACGUUGAAGAGAUUGACCUCUCCGGCAACGAGCUCACUCAUAUCAAACCCAAUCUCUUCGAUUUUGUCUCAGAUGUCAGUGUUCUAAACCUAUCCAACAACUCCCUUGAGUCUUUCGACAACAUUGAGGUGAUUGGUUUAGAGGAGCUUGAUUUGAGUUUCAACAAGUUUAGAACUGUGCAGGCUGAGACUCUCGAUGGAGUGCAAGAUUUGAGGGCAUUGAACUUUUCGCACAACGAAAUUAUUAUAAUUUCGGAGGACACAUUCGACAGUGUGACAAAGCUGCGUCACUUAGACCUCUCUUACAACCAACUCCAAGGCCCUCUCUCUCAAAAUAUGUUCGUAUCCAUUCCCGAACUCGAAACCCUCUCACUGUCCAACAACGUGGAGUUGAGAGUUUUUGGACCGUUUGUUGGAUAUUUUGGAAGUUUGUACACUCUGGACCUCUCAUUAUGUGGUAUCAGAAUGCUGACCGUAGAUAGUUUCAAUAAAAUGGAAAGUAUUUCAACUUUGAACCUGAGUGGCAACGAGCUGACUGACAUUGCUGAGAAAACUUUCAACUCAAUCCCAUCAGUGACGAGCAUCGACUUAUCUGACAAUAACCUGCAGAUUUUGCACGAGAACUUGUUCAGUGCGAAUAGAGACUUGGAGAAGCUGUAUCUGUCAGGCAACAAGCUCCAUCACAUGCCUGCAAGAAUGUUCAAACCCAUUCCCAAUCUGGACGUAUUGGACGUUCAUAAGAACCGAUUGACUUACCUGUGGAACAUGGAUGAGACCAAGUACAUGAAAGAUAACAAGAUUCUAAGCGAGUUGACUUAUUUGAAUCUUGAAGAGAACCGAUUCAAGACCCUCCACAAGCACAACUUCGAGAGUUUGGUCAGUUUGAAAGCGUUGGAUAUUUCCAAGAAUCAGCUGCAGUGCGAUCAGCACAUCAACUACUUGAUGCAGUGGUUGAUUACUAGCAAGGUGACUCCUAUCAGGUACCUGGGCAAAUCUAGUGUUGACAUGCAGAAGGAGCAUGCCGAGUUACAUUGGGGAGAUAUGUUGUCGAAAAUAUGUUUCAGAAGGGAAGACCUCAUUCCGUCUCAAUCACUGGACCAACCAACGGGAGCUGAUGGUUUGGACGCCUUUGAUGCUGAUGACGAUUUCAAAUUCAGCACCGCUUUCCCCAAAUUCACCCAAGACUUCCCCCUCAACAAAACACACGCGAUCUAUGUGGAAUCCAGAGUGUUCGGUAACGAGAACAUCAUCUACUCCUGGCCGAUCCUGCCAAUCCUGGUUUGUGGUCUCUGUGUCCUGCUAGUGAUCAUCAACGUGACAGCCCUUCUCCUCUACAGAUCUGGUAGAAGCUACAGGUCGGUGUCACUGAGCCCCAGAUUCGAUUCCCCGUUCAAGAGCCAAAUGAGAGUCAGACACAAUACGGGAUCUCUGUAUCACAAGUUGUAUGAAGAGUGCAGCGUGCCUAAAGACAAGCCAAUUGUCAAAAAUAACGUAGACUUGCCAAAAAUCUUCGAAAAGAAACUUACCCUCAUCACCACAAACUCUAGCAAGGGUGAAGAUAUGGUUUAAUAUAUCAAGCAAAGAACUAAACCAAUCUACUUUGCAGCUAUUUCUAAACUAUAAUCUACUCUUUUCUUUCCACUAAUGUAGAGUAAUAAUGUACUGUAGCAAGAAACAUAAUUGAUAAUAAUUAUUAAUCAUUUAUCAGUUCUCUAGAAUAUAAGAUAACCGCCAGACAACAUUCUAUUGUUUCAAGGACAAUUAUUUUUUAGUUUAACUUACUGUAUUUCAAAUUUAUAAAAACUUUCAUAUCAUUUCAUGUUUUUAAAAUUAUUACAAAUGUGAUAUUAAUGUAUUUUUAAAUAUUUUAAGACCAUGAUUACUUGAAUGCCAGAGAGUGCUUUAUUGCUAGCAAUUUCAUAACUUUGUGUAACUCAUAGUGACUUAAAAUGGUUAUUAAAAUAGUUGUAGAUAAAUAUUA